AUCUUCACCAAACUCAUUCACACAAGUCAUUACAAGUCUCAUCUUUCUCUGAGCUAGGAGUUUUAUUUCUUGGCUUUUUUUUUUUUUUUUUAUCUUCUUAGUUUUGUGAGGAAAAAAAAAACAAGCAAACUGUUAUGGCGGAGAUCUCGGGAAACGGACAUGGUAACGAUGCAAGAGAAGGAGCUGUGGUGGUGAAUCUCAAGGAAGAAGACGAACAUCAACAACAACAACAACAACCAUUGAAGAAACAAGACUCUCUUCUCUCCUUCUCUGUCCCUUUCUUACAAAAGUUGAUGGCGGAGGUUCUUGGAACGUACUUCUUGAUAUUCGCAGGUUGUGCAGCUGUGGCUGUGAACACACAACACGACAAAGCCGUGACUCUUCCAGGGAUCGCCAUCGUUUGGGGACUCACCGUCAUGGUCCUCGUUUACUCUCUUGGUCACAUCUCCGGUGCUCAUUUCAACCCGGCCGUCACAAUCGCCUUCGCCUCUAGCGGCCGUUUCCCUCUCAAGCAGGUCCCGGCUUAUGUGAUAUCACAAGUGAUAGGAUCUACGCUCGCGGCAGCAACUUUACGUCUCUUGUUCGGACUUGAUCAAGACGUUUGUAGUGGAAAACACGAUGUGUUCGUUGGAACAUUACCAUCGGGGACGAAUUUGCAGUCGUUUGUGAUCGAGUUUAUCAUCACUUUCUACCUAAUGUUCGUCAUUUCCGGUGUCGCCACCGAUAAUAGAGCGAUCGGAGAACUUGCCGGACUAGCAGUGGGAUCAACGGUGCUACUUAACGUGAUAAUUGCCGGACCGGUAUCGGGAGCAUCAAUGAAUCCAGGACGAAGUUUAGGACCUGCGCUGGUUUAUAGUUGCUACAAAGGACUUUGGAUCUACAUGGUCUCACCAAUACUUGGUGCGGUUUCGGGUGCGUGGGUUUAUAACACGGUCAGAUAUACCGAUAAACCAUUGCGAGAAAUAACCAAAAGCGGUUCGUUUUUAAAGACCGUGCGUAACGGUAGCUCUCGUUGAUAAAAGAAAGAAAAUAAAGCUUGGUUAUGUUAAAAUUAGUCGUCGGAGGUUUAAGUAAUAAUUUGAGUAUUUUGGUAUGAAAAUGUUUUUAAUUUCGAAUUAUACCAUAGAAAGGGUAAACAUUUAUGGUAUGUGACGAACAUAUAUAUAACUGAUCUAUAACGAGUUUGACCAGACCUAAUCACGGAUAUGGUUGUAUUAAAUGCUAUAUUUAAGUCUUCUCUUUUUA